AUGCCUGACACAGAUGAAUACGACGCAUUCUACUCCCCUAUCGACCACCAGGACUUAGUAGACAUCGAAGUUGCAGCAAUAUCCGCUCACACCCUUCGUGAAACCACUCCCUCAACUCCUACGCCUCAAUCGAGCCAAGAGUCACAGCUCGAGCAGUCUUUGCCUGACGAGUUCGACUCGUAUGACUUUUCCGAAUUCACAGCGGAAGACUUUGAGCACAUCGACGCGCUUGUUCGCGAACAUACACCCGACAUAUCACCCCCGCCCGUUACUCCGGUACAGGCUCAGCAACCGAGAGAGCCAAGAAGAAGCAAUAGCCGCGGCAGUGGAAGAGCCGGCCGAAACGGAGGUCCUCGUGUUGAAAUUGGCAUUGAGGAGCCCAACAGCGCUAAUACUCGCCGCCUGUUCAAGGGAUCGAGUCGGCGUGCACCUUUCCAGGAAUUCCGCAAGUGGAAUGGCGGCAUAUUGUCUGUAACAGACCUUGUCGGCCCCUCGUGGUGUGAGGUUCAGUUCGACUACGGCCUACGCCAGAAGCGGUACAAGAAGCUUGAAGAUCGUCCCACCUCUUUUGUGACUGCAGAAGGAAAGACCAUAAGCGUCGUUCAGAAUGUGGCAGCCCAGAACGAUCGCACUGUAUCACGCGGAAAGUCUGUGCAUAAAGUCUUGGAACGGGAAGUGCAACCCGACGUUGUUGCUGUGCAAGUAACCACACCGGAGGAACGGUGGGGUCUGAGAUUGGUCAAUAUGCUUUCUUCAUUACACACCCUUAUGACGCAUGGGUACUGCAGAGAAAUGCCGGUCUUUGGUGUAGUGCAGGACCAGGUCGUCACCGGGAUUAUAGACGAGAUUGCACGUAAACCAAUGCCACUCACAACGCAAGAAACCCACAACCAGGGGGUAGGAACGAGUAGUCCUAAUAAACGCGGGCCUCCCUCUACUCCCUCCAAACAUGCAACAAAGAGGUCGAAGCACGAUGCAGUCCAAGACCAGGCCCAAAUAACCAACUUCUUUUCCCCGGGGAAGCGCGCCAGUAUACCUCCUCCGGCAACAGAGCCCACAGAGUACUCCCUCCAUUUGUCAGACACAAAGACACGCACACGCCCGGCUCUGCCGCCAGACGAAGACACGCUCGCGUCCCGCGUCCAGCUCAUGCUCUACCACCGGCUUCUCAGCAACCUUCUCGCCCCCAGCGCACCCUUUGUCCAGGCACCGACACCGCUCGACUUCGCGGCGUUAUGGACCCGCGUCGGAGUCGAUCCUGCGCGCCGGUUCUCCGAUGGCUUCCUUACCCAAGCCGGACUCGCUCCAGAAGCUGUCACACAGGACACUCCUACUGAAGCUACGGAUACCGCUACACAGUCUAGUGCGGACAGUCUCAGCUGCCUGAACGACCUCACCGUAGCCUGGGCGCACGCCGUCGAGGCGCUCAACGUGGUCACGGUCCAUAACACACUCACGCUCGUGUACCGUAGCCAGCCCACAAGGAAACGCAGCAAGGACAAAGAACGGGCCAAACCAGCACCAUCGGGCACGGAGCUCUCGUCGCAAGAAGCACAGGACCUCGCUGCGGCGAUUCAGGCUAGCGUGAACGAUGUGCAGGGCGUCGCGGGCACGGACGGCGACGACGACCUCGCGCGCGCGAUCCUCGAGAGCCUGAAGGACUCGGUGCGCUCUGGGGCGGCGACGGAGGGCGAUUUGGGCGUGCUGACGCACCCGUUCGGCCUCCCGAUAUCCGAGGUGCCCGGGAUGACGACGUUGGAGGGGGAGGCGCAGGUGGCAGCAGUGCCGGACGCACUCGAGGACGAUCCGGAGCUGGCAUGGGCGAUUCAACAGUCACUCUUGCCCCGGAUCGAGAAUGUUGCUGCACUACAGGAGGCCGCCGUAGGCCCAGACGCGUCCGCGGUGGCGGCCGGCGACUCGACGGAGGCCGUUGGAGAGAAGAAUAGGAGUGCGCAGGGUAGAGUGAGCGAGAACGUAGGGGGCGGGACGAAGACCGCGCCCGCAUCGCCUGCACGCUCGGACGAUCUUGUGGAGGCGAACGAGACGAUGACGGUCGCCGAGCUGGACGUCGAGGCACGGAUCAUCGGGACGAAGGCGUUUGAGCUCGACGACACGCUGCUCGACGGAUAUCUCGCGCGCGUCCUCGCUUGGUGGUACGGGCGACGGGCACCCGAGGGCGUAAGCGUGGAGCUCACCAGGCGUUGCAUGACAUGCGAGUAUAGGGAGGGCUGCGAGUGGAGGGAGAAGAAGGCGCAGGAGGCGGCGGAGAGGUAUCGUGCCAGCAAUUCGCAAUCCGGUAGGUGA